AAUCGGACACACCACUCACAUCAGCCGAUGCCUAGGAAUUUUCUAGUGAGCCACCUAUCAAAAAUUUUUUUAUUUAAUCGAUCAAUCGGCAAUGUGUCCGAUUGGACCUCACCCCAUUAAAUGUAGCCAAUAUUCAUAAUACUGUAGAUAAUAUCCACGAUUGCGUGGUUCCCAUUCGUGCUAUGUCCUAAUGUUACGAAAUUCUCUCUAUCGUAAAAUUCUUGUGAAAAUUCACUUUAUGUAGAAAGUCGUAAACUUCUGUGAAAUCGAACAAUUAUAAAUCUCAUUUUGCUUCUUAGCAUGAAGAAGGGAGAGUGGACAUCGCAAAAUCUUUGUGGAAAUUCACUUUAUGUGGAAAGUCGUAAACCCAUGUGGAAUCGAACAAUUACAGCUUUUGUUUUAAAACAAAAUUUAUAAUUAUACUAUUUUACAAAAAUUUGAAAAACCGCUUUAAUAUUGCACGAGCGCCUGAAAUGCAUGGCAUGUGGUCACGGCGCAUGCCCAUGUCGAUACAUUUCGUUGAUAUGACAGAUUUUCUAACACUGAAUAACACAAACGUAAACGAUUAAUAUCUCGUUUCGCAGGACAGAGUAACGUUUUUUAUACCAGAUUCUUUCGUUUUAUGCAAAAACGCGUUAAAUGAGCUUAUUUUUAUCAAAAUCGGAGGUGGGAGACCUAAACUGAACAUUUAUCGACACUUUUGAAUUGACACUCGAAUUGACCUUAAACUGCGAUCGCGAAUCGAAGUAGGGAGCAGCGAGUAAAAUUUCACAUAAAAUAUCAAUACGUGAAAAAAUAAAAAUAAAAUUUAAAGUAAACAAUUUCACAUAAAAUUACAUAAUUAACUCUCAGAUGGCACAAAAAUACAAUUCAACUUUUUAUAUGAGAGUGUCCAUACUCCGAUUAAUAUUUGCUUGUUGUCAUAGCAACACGUCCAUCAACAUUAAUCUAUCAGUCAGUAAUCAUUAUCAAUUGUGAAAAGGAUUUUAAACAAUUUAUUUUGAAAUUGUAUAUGGAAUGUGCCUCCAAAAUUUAACCGUAACUUUUUUACACUCUGUAUAUAUUCUAAAUUACUAUUAUAUUUGGAAUAUCUUAUAAUAUGGGAUGGCCGAAUUACAUAUAAUUGGACAAGUUUCAUCCGCAAAAAAUUUUAAACCAUCAUAUCUACUCUGCAAAUGGCAUGUCUAUGUUGGUAAUGGUUGGAAAAUAAUUUCAGGAUACGAAAGAGGGCAAACGCAAGAAAGUUGUGAUUUUUAUACUAAUAAUCCAGUUUGGGAUUAUCCUAUAGAUUUGCAUUAUACAACUCAGACUUUACAAAAUUCGCCCAAGUUAUUAUUACAAGUCUUUCACAGAGAUAAUUACAGAAGGAUAAUAUUUCUUUCAUAUGGAGUAUACAAUGUUCCAUUGUCAUCUGGUUCAUAUAUUUUAAAUUGUCAUACGUGGAAACCUAUUGGUACUUGGAAAGAUAGAUUAUAUGAUAAAUUUUUAGGAAAAAGUUUACAGUUAAUGUCACCUAAUGUUUUAAUCGAUACAUUAGACAGAUUUGAAAUAACGACGCAAAGUAUGGGAACAGUGACUCUUUAUUUAGAUAUUUUGACAAAGAAUUUUGACAAAUUUGGAUGUCAAAUGUUUCUAUCUGUGCUACUAUUUCUAAUAUAUACAAAUAUAGCAGAAAUAACAAAAAUUGAGGAUAUAUCAAUUUGUAUAAAUGAUACAGAUUGUAGUGAAGCGAUAGACUUAGACAAUACGUAUACAAACAUUCCCAAAGUUGAAGAUCCAUCUUUACAAAUUUCAAACGAUACGGAACAAGAUAAUAUGUUCAUCACUGCCAUUUCUACAGAGAUAUCUUCAAAUAUAGAUGCUAAUGAAACAGAACCUGAAAUACAAUCGACUUUAAGGACAAUAUCCUCAUCCGCUACACAUCGAAAUGAUAAUAAAAUUCUCAUACUCAAAAAAAAAGAAAUCUGUGAGUGUGAUCUGACAAAGUUUUCUUGUGACAUCAAUUGCUGCUGUGACAUGGAUUGCAAUCAUUUUCAUUUAUCUGCCUUUUCACAUUGUCAAGAUUAUCAUGUGGAUCUUUACGAUAGUCGGUACUGUUACAACCGAAAUUUCAUACAACGAAAUAAUACACCUUUUAUUUUUGAAAGACUCGCAAAUAAUUUAUUUUGCAUUUUAUAUGAUAAUCUGCCAUAUAUGUAUAAUGCUAAAAAUGAUUUGGCAUUAUAUGACCAAAAAUAUCUGUGGAAAAUGCUACAAAUGAAGAAUUACAAAUGGAACAUGAAACAUAGGAAAGUAUUAUCAAAAUUUAAUUUCUUAAAAUAUUACCAACAUGGAGAUACAUUAUUGAAAUUACAUGACAAAUCUGUUGAUACAAUAGAGUUUUUACAAUCUGGAUUUACUGGAAUAUGCUCGUUCAAAAAAAUUCUGAAAUAUUUGGAAAAUUGGAAAGAUAGAUGUAUUCAAAAUGAUCUAACAAAUAAUAAUCCGUAUUUAUUCACUACGACAUUCAAUAAUUUUACAAUUAUAAAAUCUCUGCUGUUAUUCAACAAUACAUUUACUACAAAACAGACAUGUCUAGAUAAUACUUGUUUGCCAAUAAGAACUCAUUAUUGCCUGAAGUCGUUUUCUGUAUGCAAUAGAACCAGCGUAUCAGGAUUUUGCAUGAAUUCUACGUGUACCAACAUCGUCAAGGGUUUAAAGUACAUAAUUGGACAUAAUGGUUCCGCUGGUAUUCAUAGUAUUGACGCAUAUUUUAAUAUAGGAAAUGCAUUUCACGCAUUUUAUCAAUAUUUCGAGAUAGAAUAUUAUUGGAUAGAUUCAAAUAAAACAAAAGUUUUUGCUCGUAGUGGUAAUCCUGGUUAUAUGAUGGGUAAGCCGAUCAUUAUUGGCAUUUCUCACGCUAAUGCAAGCAAUGAUAUUCUUUUCAACAGAACUAAUGGGUUUCUCACGUUACCUUUGGCUGGAAAAAAUGGAGAGUGUGAUAAAAUUAACAGACAUACGAUCAUAUUUGGCGAAGAUAUUAGAUUGGCAUGUUCUGUCAAAUUGUUUAUCGAGAAUUUCACUACAUCUUGUGCAGAGUUACAAAAUUUGACGAUGCGUCUUUUGUUGAAGGAUUUUUUUUUAAACAUGAAUCAAUAUUAUAACUCUUAUGUUUCAAAAUUGGGUAAUUUUUCUAGUAAAAAUGUUGAUGAUUGGUUGCAAAUCGUAUUCGACAGGAUACCACGAAACAUCGUGACUGCGCACACGAUUGGAAAACAAAUAUUAUGUUCAGGAUUAAUUACAUCUAUGCAUUUGAAUAUUCUUUAUUCAAUAUUGUCGAAACCUAAAACAUCUUUGACAAAUUAUGAAAUAUUAAGCGUUGGAAUAACAUUCAACACGGAAGAGGAUGUUAGCUGGCCAAAAUGCACAUUAAAAAAUUGCACAGACAUCCUUCAUAUCAAUGUUAUUUCUUAUGUCAAUUUUUAUGACAUUUCAAAACCGUUUACAUACCACUUUGCCGGUGGGUCUAAUUUAGAUAUUACAUUGCCUUAUGAUUUCUUUUAUCCUUUCUUAAAUGGCUCAAAAAAUAUAAAAAUGUCAAGUAUAUCGAUUCUUUAGUCAUAUAUA